AUGGCAGAGCGGGCCAAUCUGGUCUUUCACAAUAAAGCGAUCGAUGGAACUGCCAUGAAACGACUUAUUAGUCGAUUAAUAGAUCACUUUGGAAUGGCAUAUACAUCACACAUCCUGGAUCAAGUAAAAACCCUGGGUUUUCAACAAGCUACUGCUACAUCUAUUUCAUUAGGAAUUGAUGAUCUUUUAACAAUACCUUCAAAAGGAUGCCUAGUGCAAGAUGCUGAACAACAAAGUUUGAUUUUUGAAAAACACCACCAUUCUGGCAAUGUACACGCAGUAGAAAAAUUACGUCAAUCCAUUGAAAUCUGGUAUGCUACAAGUGAAUAUUUGCGACAGGAAAUGAAUCCAAAUUUUAGGAUGACUGACCCUUUUAAUCCCGUUCAUAUAAUGUCUUUUUCAGGUGCUAGAGGAAAUGUAUCUCAGGUACAUCAAUUAGUAGGUAUGAGAGGAUUAAUGUCGGAUCCCCAAGGACAAAUGAUUGAUUUACCUAUUCAAAGCAAUUUACGGGAAGGACUCUCUUUAACAGAAUAUAUCAUCUCUUGCUACGGAGCCCGCAAGGGGGUUGUGGAUACUGCUGUACGAACAUCAGAUGCCGGAUAUCUUACACGCAGACUUGUUGAAGUAGUUCAACACAUUGUUGUACGCCGAACCGAUUGUGGGACCGCCCGGGGGAUUUCUCUGAGUCCUCGGAAUGGGAUGAUGCCCGAACGUUUUUUUAUUCAAACAUUAAUUGGUCGUGUAUUAGCAGAUGAUAUAUAUAUGGGUCCGCGAUGUAUUGCCACUCGGAAUCAAGACAUUGGAAUUGGGCUUGUCAAUCGAUUUAUAACUUUUCGUGCCGAAACAAUACCUAUUCGCACCCCCUUUACUUGUAGGAGUACAUCUUGGAUCUGCCGAUUUUGUUAUGGCCAGAGUCCUACGCAUGGCGACCUCGUUGAAUUGGGAGAAGCUGUAGGUAUUAUUGCGGGUCAAUCGAUUGGCGAACCGGGUACUCAAUUAACAUUAAGAACGUUUCAUACCGGAGGAGUAUUCACAGGAGGUACUGCGGAACAUGUAAGAACUCCUUAUAAUGGAAAAAUAAAAUUCAACAAGGAUUUAGUUCAUCCGACACGUACACGCCACGGACAUCCUGCUUUUCUAUGCUCUACGGAUUUGUAUGUAACUAUUGAGAGUGAGGAUAUUGUCCAUAAUGUAAAUAUUCCAUCAAAGAGUUUUCUUUUAAUUAAAAACGAUCAAUAUGUAGAAUCAGAACAAGUGAUUGCUGAGAUUCGGGCAGGAACAUCCACUUUGAAUUUUAAAGAGAAAGUUCGAAAACAUAUUUAUUCUGACUCAGACGGCGAAAUGCACUGGAGUACUGAUGUGUAUCAUGCACCCGAAUUUACAUAUGGUAAUGUCCAUCUAUUACCCAAAACAAGUCAUUUAUGGAUAUUAUUAGGAGGUCCGUGUAGAUCGAGUCUAGUCUCCCUUUCGCUUCACAAGGAUCAAGAUCAAAUGAACGCGCACUCUCUUUCUGGCAAGCAAAGAGAUUUUUCUUCCAACCUCUCAGGAACUAAUGCCCCUACUAGUUACAAAUUCUUUAGUUCGGAUUUUUAUGGUAAAAAAAAAGAGAGGGGCCGGAAUUUUUUAGACUUUAAUCGAAUCAUAUGUACCGGGCCUCGUAAUCUCCUAUAUUCAGACAUUCUCCGGGAGAAUUCGGAUUUAUUGUCAAAGAGGCGAAGAAAUAGAUUUCUUAUGCCACUUCAACCGAUUCACGAACGCGAAAACGAAUUAAUAUCCACUUUAGGUAUCUCGAUUGAAAUUCCCUUAAAUGGUAUUUUUCGUAGAAAUAGUAUUCUUUCUUAUUUUGAUGAUCCUCGAUAUCGAAGAAACAGCUCCGGAAUUACUAAAUAUGGGACUAUCGAAAUGCAAUCAAUCGUCAAAAAAGAAGAUUUGAUUGAGUAUCGAGGGGUUAAGGAAUUUAAGUCAAAAUCCCAAAUGAAAGUAGAUCGAUUUUUUUUCAUUCCAGAAGAAGUGCAUAUCUUACCGGGAUCCUCCUCUAUAAUGGUACGGAACAAUAGUAUCAUUGGGGUAGAUACACAAAUAACUUUAAAUAUAAGAAGUCGGGGAGGGGGGUUGGUUCGGGUCGAUAGGAAAAAAAAAAGAAUUGAACUGAAAAUCUUUUCUGGAGAUAUUCAUUUUCCUGGAGAGACAGAUAAGAUAUCCCGACAUAGUGGCGUUUUGAUACCGAUACCACCAGGAAUAAGAAAAAGAAAUUCGAAGGGAUUAAAAAAACGGAAAAGUUGGAUCUAUGUCCAACGGAUUACACCUAGCAAAAAGGGGUAUUUUGUUUUGGUUCGACCUGUCGUCAUAUAUGAACUAAUGGACGGUCUAAAUGUAGCAACGCUUUUCCCCCCCGAUCUGUUGCAGGAAAGGGACAAUGUCCGACUUCGGGUUGUAAAUUAUAUCCUUUAUGGAAAUGGCAAACCAAUUCGAGGAAUUUCGUAUAGAGGAAUUUUGGAUACAAGUAUUCAAUUAGUCCGUACUUGUUUAGUAUUGGAUUGGGAUAACGAAAAAAAAAAAAAAAGUUCUUUGAGCAAAGAAAUCCGUGCAUCUUUUAUUGAAAUAAGUACAAACGGUUUGAUUCGGCAUUUCCUACGAAUCGACUUGACAAAAUCCUUUAGUACCGAUAUCGGAAAAAGGAAUCAGCCCUUAGGUUCAGGAUUGCUCUCUGAUAAUGGAUCAGAUUGCCCCAAUAUCAAUCCGUUUUAUUCCCUUUUUUGCGAUUCUAAGGCAAGAAUUCAACAAUUCUUUAAUCCAAGUCAAGGAACUAUUCAUACGUUGUUGAAUAGAAAUAAGGAAUUCCAAUCAUUGAUAAUUUUGUUAUCAUCCAAUUGUUCUCGAACGGAUACAUUCGACGUUGUAAAAUAUCACAAUCGAAUAAAAGAAUCAAUUAAAAAAAAUUCUCGAAUUACAAUUAGGAAUUCGCUGGGCCCUUUAGGAUCAGUCUAUCCAAUUGAAAAUUGUUAUUCGUUUUCUCAUUUAAUAACUCAUAAUCCCAUUUUGGUAACUAACUAUUUGCAACUUGACAAUUUAAAAGAGACUUUUCAAGUAAUUAAAUAUUAUUCAAUGGAUGAAAAUGGAAAAAUUUAUAAUCCCGACCCAUGCACAGGCAAUAACAUUAUUUUGAAUCCAUUCAAUUUAAAUUGGUAUUUUUUCUAUCACAAUUAUUGUUAUUUUGAAGGGACAUCUACAAUAAUAAGUCUUGGACAGUUUAUUUGUUCAAAUGUGUGUAUAGCCAAAAAUAGACCCCACCUAAAGCCGGGUCAAGUUAUAUUUGUUCAAGUCGACUCCGUAGUAAUACGUUCAGCUAAGCCUUAUUUGGCCACCCCAGGAGCAACUGUUCAUGGGCAUUAUGGGGAAAUCCGUUACGAAGGAGAUAUAUUAGUUACUUUUAUAUAUGAAAAAUCGAGAUCUGGUGAUAUAACACAAGGUCUUCCAAAAGUAGAACAGGUAUUAGAAGUUCGUUCGAUUGAGUCAAUAUCUAUGAAUCUAGAAAAAAGGAUUGAGGGUUGGAACAAAUGUAUAACAAAAAUUCUUGGAAUUCCUUGGGGAUUCUUAAUUGGUGCUAAGCUAACUAUAGUUCAAAGUCGUAUCUCUUUGGUUAACAAAAUCCAAAAGGUUUAUAGAUCCCAGGGGGUGCAGAUUCAUAAUAAACAUAUAGAAAUUAUUGUACGUCAAAUAACAUCAAAGGUAUUGAUUUCAGAAGACGGAAUGUCUAAUGUUUUUUCGCCCGGAGAACUAAUUGGAUUGUUGCGAGCGGAACGAAUGGGGCGCGCUUUCGAAGAAGUGAUCUAUUACCGAGCCGUCUUAUUGGGAAUAACAAGAGCAUCUCUCAAUACUCAAAGUUUCAUAUCUGAAGCGAGUUUUCAAGAAACUUCUCGAGUUUUAGCCAAAGCCGCUCUUCGGGGGCGUAUCGAUUGGUUGAAAGGUCUGAAAGAAAACGUUGUUUUGGGAGGAAUGAUACCCGUUGGGACUGGGGUCAAAGGAUUAGUGCAUCCUUCAAAACAACAUAAUAAGAUUCCCUUGGAAACAAAAAAAAAGAAUCUAUUCGAGAGGGAUAUGAGAGAUAUUUUAUUUCACCAAAGAAAAUUAUUUGAUUCCUUUCUUUCAAAAAGUUUACUUGAUACAUCAGAACACUCUUUUAUAGGAUUUAGUAAGUCUUAA